AUAUUUGUAGUGGUUUAAGACCGGAAAUUCCAGCGCACGUACCAAAGUUAAUUUCUGAGUUGAUCGUUAAAUGCUGGGAUGACAAGCCAGAAAAUAGACCAUUUUCUGAAAAAUUAUAUAACACUUUAGUUAGAUGGCAUAAUGAAAUUUUAAACCAAACUUCUACAGAAUUCACUACACAAAUUAGGAAAGCAGAUGAAGUAUCUGAAUAUUUUCCAAUACCAUCACCGUCUAACAUUGAGAUAUAUUCCGAAUCACGAUUCGUUCCCUUAAAUAUCGAGAAUUCUGAUAACUUAUUCAUUACACAAGUGUCUAAGGUACAUCCUGAUAUUAACAAACAAUUCGUUUCACGAUCAUGUGAAAAUUUUACAGAUCUUAAUGAAACUUGGAACUUUUUAG